AUGGCCUCCACCGGCGCAGGGUGGGCGCAAGUGCGCCAGCAAGCGCGUGCGCUCGAGCAACAGACCGAGACGCUGUUCCACACAUACUCCCAAUUCGCCGCGCCACCAAACAUCCCCCAAAAGCCCUCCGAAGACGAGCUGACGACCGAAACGAAACUGCAAGAGCUGCUGGAAAAGAGGGAAGCACUGGUUGCUCAGCUAUCAAGGCUGUUGGACUCGGAAGCAUCGUCCUCCGCCGUCAAGCUCAAUAACCUCGCCCGGCACCGUGAGGUUCUGUCAGACCACCGCCGCGAGCUGUCGCGAAUCAAAUCGACCAUCUCUGAUGCACGCAAUCGAGCGAAUCUUCUCUCCAACGUCAGAGACGACAUCGACCAGUACCGAUCCGCAAAUCCAGAGGCCGACUACAUGUUGGAUGAACGAAGUCGCAUUGAUAAUUCGCACAACGUGGCCGACUCGGUACUAAGCCAGGCUUAUGCUGUAAAUGAAAACUUUAGAGUGCAGAGGGAGACAUUGGCAAACGUCCAGAGGAGGAUAGUGGGCGCUGCCAGCCAGGUUCCAGGUAUCAACAGCUUAAUGGCAAGGAUUGGGUCGAAGAAGCGGAGGGAUGGUAUCAUAUUAGGGAGCUUCAUUGCGUUCUGCUUUCUGAUGCUCAUGUGGUUCUGGUAA